AUGCGCGGGGGCACGCUUCAAGCGGUGCGCGAGAAGCAGACGAGGGCUCUGGCUGCUCAGUCCACGGUCCCGAACGACCAGAAGGAGCUCCUCAGCCGCUGCGCCUGGGACCGCGUCGCCCCCUCCCAGCGCCCCGCGGCCCCCGACCACCUCGUCCCCGUCUACCCCGUCCCCUUCACCUUCCACCGCACCGGCGAGGAACACACCAUCGAGGAGGAGGUGGUGCUGCAGCUGGGCGAGCGGAGCUCCGACGCGGAGAUCCAGGCGCUCGUCGCGAGCGUCGUGCGCGAGGUGGGCAUCACUCCGACGUCCGACAUGGUGCAGCGCAUCAAGGCGUCUCUGGGGGCGUGGGGCAGCAUGUUCACGGAGGUGGCGGCGCUUGGGGGGCGCGAGCUGCUCGUGCCGAUCAAGAUAGACGUGGAGGACGCGGGGCAGCGGUACCAGGACGAGCUCCUGUGGGACAUCGUGAGCCCCGUCAACAGCCCGGACGACUACUGCGCCGCGCUCACGGAGGGGCCCAGCGCGAUCCCGGCGCCACUGGCAAAGAAGGUGCUGCAACAGAUGCGCGCUCAGAUACUCGCGCGCAAGAAGGCCGCCAAGCAGGAGGGGCGGAAGCCGGACGCGGGGACGUAG